UGCUACCGUUGGCGAGACUUUUUUUCUCCAUCACAGCCGCACAUUUUGGUUUUCGCUCUGCAACUCAUCCAUAUAAAUGCACCACCGACGCUCCAAAAUUUGUGGUGACUCUCAGAUAGAGCAAAAGGUCAAACAAACAGAAGAAAACAAUGGAGGUGAAUGAGAAGGGUGACGGCACUAGCCAGAGCCUCUCAGAGUUGCAGAUUGUGACUGUAAUGAGCGUGCCACCGCUCAAGGUGACAGAGCCACGGCGAGUUCGCAGAGUUUUGGUCGGUGACGAGCACACAAACGCCAUUCACGGAUGCUACCAGAUAGUUCUGUGCUACGAGAAUCUGAAGGAGGAUGAUCAUGGUUGGUACAUGGCUGGUUGGAUGGUGGAGUCACUGGCCAGGGUUCUGUUGGAUCACCCUCUUCUCGCAGGUCGCCUUCAAAGAAAAGAUGGCACAGGGUUCGAAAUCGUGGCCAACGAUUCCGGCGUUAGACUUUUAGAAGCAUGUUACCCGACAAGCCUGUCACAGUUUCUUGAGCUGAACGAAAGAAACCAACAUCUGAAGACCGAGCUUGUGUUCUGGAAGAAAAUUGAUGCGCAGUGUCCUCAGUUCUCUCCCCUUUGUUAUGUUCAGGUGACAAACUUUGAAUGUGGAGGGUACACUAUUGGCAUUAGUUGCAGCCUUCUAUUAGCAGAUGUUUUUGUCGUGGACAACUUUCUCGGAAAAUGGGCUGAGAUACACGAGAACAUGUCAGUCCAACGUGGAGAAAUUAAGACACCCGUGUUUUACCACCCUCCGAUGAAAAACUCGGAGUGUCUUCCAUUAAUUAACCGUUCUGAGAGUGAAAGUGAAAGUGGGGUUCAGAGGUUGGCGUUCAAAAUCGUUACAGAGGAUGUAAAGUCGGUGGAGGAGAUGUGGAGGAAGGUGGCGAGUGAGUUGGUGAAAGAGAGUUCAGAGGUGAUGAAAGUUGAAGGUUGGGCAAUGAAUGAUGAGAAAAUGAGAUUGAAGAUGAAGCAUGAGAUGAGAGAGUUGAGAGUGCAGGAAGUGACAUUUAAUGAGGGAAACAAACCUGUUCAUGUUUGUUGUUGGAUUGAUUAUGUGAGGGAUGGUUUUGUUAUGACAGUGUCACUCCCAAAUCUCAAGAACAAUGCAUGUGCUGUGAUUGUUAUUUCACCUUCUCUUUCUUUCCUAUGACUGUAAUAUGUCCACUGUAUUAGGAUUCAUCAAAGUUUAAUCCAUUCUAUGUUUUCUGUCAUUAAUCAUAUGUAACAUUUGUUCUUCGUAAA